AUGGAUAUACUCAAAGCCAAACUCAAUCCUCAACAUGCUGGCAUGCUGCUUAGAGACCAGGUGUUAAAAACAGACAAGGAAUGGAAUGUCCUCCCAUCAGAUUCGAAUAACAUUCCUUACUAUUUCUUCUGGUUGAUGAAUCCUGAUAAUCAAGCAGCCGCUCAACUGCAACAUCGCUUACUCAUCAAACAAGCAACUACUCCACAAGAACUCUCUUAUAACUCUCUAUUAGAAACUCUAAACGAUAGAGAUGACAUUUACCAUGAUGAACAAGAUUGGUUUCAGAGAGAAUUAUACGAUUUAGAUGUUCAGAAGGAGAAUCUCAAUGAAUACUUUUACUACUUUCAAAAGCAUACGACUAAGAGUAUGUUGAAGGUGCAUGAAAACGUUCAUGAUAGAUGGGCACAGUUUUCUCGAGUGGUUAGGGAACCAACAGCAAACGAAAGUCAACUAAACAUAUUCGAAACCUCAAAAUUCACUCCCAUGCAAAGUAUGAAUAAUAGAUCCCACUUUAUUGUUGCGCUGAAGAUAUUGGACACUGAAUAUCAUGCACAGAAUCCUACAAUGCCACCAAAAUAUAACUCUGUUGGUCAUGUUGCCUUCUCUGUAAAAGAUCUAUACAUUGAUGGGAAAGUUUACAAAGUUGGGUUGGCUGGUUCUGGAUGGUGUGCUCAGAAAUACCGUACCCAAUGUCCAUCUAUCAAGUUUAGUGCAUGGUUUAUGAAGAUUCUAAUGAUGAUUCACAUGAAUAUUCGUUACUGCUAUGCCCAUGUCUUUGCUGAAAAUUCGAAAAGUUUCGGUUACAUUGCAAAGAGUGGAAUGGCUGCAACAAGAUUUCGUUUAAAGUAUUUAGGUUUCAAUUUGAGUUUAGAAGAUCAUGUCAACAUUUCUUCCUUUGACUCUCAAAAACAAUUGCAAAACAAGGCAACUCCUCAAUUGACCGAUCUUCACAAGGUCCAAUCUUUGGAAGAAUACAAAACUCUGAUGGACAAAAUCUAUGGGAAAUCCAAUUUCCUCAUCACACACUUGGACAACAUCUUUUACCAUCCAUUCUUUGCUGGAUGUUUCAUUGACGAGAAGGCACAAGCUUCCUUCCAAGUAUGGAAAUGUAAAUAUGCCACCGAUCAAAAGACAAACACUCAAAUUCCAGCAUUCAUCAUCUUUAACACUGUACAUUUAUCACAAUGUGAUAUUCCACUCACUUCUCAACAAGGUGAUCAACUCAUGCACUCCAUUCGUGAGUCACUCAUUCCACAACUUGUCAAACAAGAUACCAAACUUGUCAAUUUAGCAUUUGCCACUCAUGGCGGAUCCAUUUAUCAAUAUCUAUUGAGAAAUUACUCCCAUUUAGAGAGUAUUUCAUUUGCCUCAUUGUACUAUACCUUUCAGGAUAACUUUAAAUUGGCUGGCUUGACUAAGAGAGCUCAGCAAACAUCUCUUGAUCCAGUUUCGAAAUUCCUCAUGCCAUCUCAACAAGAUUCUAAUGAAGAAGAAGCAACAGGUCAACAAGAACAACAUAUGGAGAGGAAUCUCUUUUUGGAUAUCAGAGAUUGCACUGGUAAGCCAAUGGUAUGGUCGGAGGAAAUUAAGGAAACUGAGAUGGCCACAAUCAAACAUGUUUCAUUGUCUGCAUCUGGCAUUGUUGAUAGAACAGCAAGACUUGCUGAUCAAUUGGCUACUAGUAAGAGUACUCCUCCUCCUCCAAUUGCUGUAUCUUCUCCAUUCACUUCACAUUCAUUGUUUGCCUCCAAAUUGUAA